GUCUUCGAGAGCUUCCCCGAGGACUUGAAGGCUGCGAUCAAGAUUGGGACACAGGAUGAAGUCAAUAAAGUGCUGGGCAGUGUGGAUGCUAGCGUUGCGGAAGAUGCAGUGGGAAAACUUGAUGCGGCUAGUAUCGUGAAUUUCGCAUCGCGAGGUGUUUAG